AUGUCUUUAACAUCCUCAUCCAUUCGAUUUAUUGUUCAAUUCUUCAUUCUCAUUCUUCUUUUGAAUGUUAUUGUGGCUGAAUACGAACGUCCACGUAUGAUCCAACGACCACAUCAACGCUCGACAGGAAGUAACUAUGCGUACGCUUGGUUUACUCGAGACAUUCACGACGAUGACUCCAACAGUGAUGAAGUUAACAGUCAAGACGCUGCUCGUAUAAGAUUUUUCAAAAAAUUAUUCGACAACGACAAAGAUUAA